AUUGGUGUCUAAUAGCCAUCGAUUUUUCAAGAGGCACUGCAUAUUGGAUGGAUCCUUUGAGAAAUCGAAUUAACAAUGAUGCCUCUGAUGUCGUCCGGAUGGCUUUCGACAUUUCGAACAAGAAGAAGCCUGUUUGGAGGAUAAUCAAGUGUCCGAAGCAAGGUGGCAUUGUGGAGUGCGGGUAUUAUGUGAUGCGAUUCAUGCGGGAUAUAAUAUUGUCAAGCAACAGGACAAUCAUUGAAGUAAUGGAAGGAUCAACCUCAACAUACUCACAGGACGAUUUAGAUGUCGUAAGAACGGAGUGGGCUGAAUUCGUUAACAAAUAUAUUUUCUGUUCCCAAUCUCAAAGGUAAUUGAAGAAUAGAUGGAUCAUGGUAUCGAUCAAGUUCAUUCCUACAUUAGUUUGAUUAGAUUAGGUCGUACAUAUAUUACAGUUAAUUUAUCUUUUGGAUUAUUGGAAAACCUUUACCGAC